AUCAGCCGUGCUUAUCUAGCAGCACUAGGCUUGUAACCAAUCAACACUCUAGAGCGAAGGUUAACCUCAUACUAUCCUAGUGAAGUGGACACACGCCGUCUGCGUCUGGAGAGUCCGGCAAUGGCGAUGCAGCCCCGACCCACGAGGAGGUCAAGACAGCCAUCGACCAGGCCACCGCAAAAAUGGAGAGCAUGAUGACGGAAAAGUUAGGGACCGUCAUGGAAGCCCUGUCUCGGUUAGUGCCCGAGACAGCGUCCGCCGCAAGUAUGGCCGCAGCGGGCGGCAGGGGAGAGUCACGGGGGGGAAGGCACGCCCCUCCCAACGCUGGUCGUGUGGACCAAGCGCCGAUCAUCGGACAGGGGCUAGAGGGAGAACGAGGACUGCCGGACACAGCCCCGCAAGGACCCACGCUGCCGUCUGCGGGGGACGUCUCGCGCGAAAGCGAAACCAGUGACCCGCCGGCAAGGUGCGACCCGACCAUGAAGGCCCGGAUCCCGCGCCUCAAGCAGCUAAACUUCGAUGGCCUAGAAAAGAACUGGGUAAUGUUCAAGAACGACUUCAUGACGCAGGUGCAAACGUGCGGAAUGAUGCAUGCUCUGAACGAUGGCCGAGACAUUGAGAUCCAAGGGAUGGAUGACGAUGGCAUGAUAGAACAGGGGGUAGCUGUAGAAGAGGUUUAUGUGUACCGGGAUUUGUGUGGCAUGUUGGGAGGAGCGAUUUCAGACGAGACUACCAAGCUGAUGGUUUACAAUAGCAAGGGGCCCUCCGCAGCGUGGCGUGCACUUGAGCAGACGUUCACCCCACUAACUGGUGGCGAGCAGAUUUCGCUUAUCGGAAAGUUCUAUACUGACAAGAGAGAAACCAGGAUCCUCGAGUUUCCUUCCAACAGUUCAAGUCUACCGUAACUAGCCUAGAGGUUGCACUCGGCCAGCCCAUCCCCAAGAUGCUCGUGUACGCCCGAUUCCUUGACGCUCUUUCCUCCGAGUACGACGUGCAAAAGCAACAACUGCUCAGCGAGAAGAUUCUGGAAGAGGAGGAGAUGUUGAGAGUGCAAAGGACCAGGGCUGGUACUUGAAGAAGGACAAUGGGUCAAAGGGGAAGGUUGACGGGCGAGUGCAACAUGCGUUCGUAGCAGUCGGGGAAGGAUCAAGGAGGAAACGACGGUCGAGGAAGAAAAACGGAGGGGACGAACAGGCAUGCAUAGCGAGUGAUGGUGGUGCCGCCGAGAAAAAGUCCGUCCGCUGCCACAUCUGCACCGCAAACCACUAUGCCCACGAGUGUCCUCAACAGGUCUGCCAGAGGUGCGGAGGAAGAGGGCACCAUGUGAAAAAAUGCCCAUCGAAAGUAGCAAGUGAGGUUGCUGUGGCCGCGAUGGAAGUAGAAGAGUUGGACGUCGCGUACGAAGCGCUUUGAACAUUUCGGCGUGUUGUGUUUUCUGUCUCUCAAAACUGCCCUUCCCCUGCGCGUGUGCGGUCGGUUAUUCUUUCUAGGGCUGCCUCCGAAUGCCCGACGAUGCAACUACUGUUGUUAGAAAUUGUUGGACGCCAUGUUUUUCUCCGGGUGUGUAGAUGCACGAGGCGUCCUUGCAUGAUGAAUAUUGAUGGUGGUGUGGCAUUCUGUUGUUUGCUCAUUUUGGUAUGGAUGACCCGGGGCGCCGCCGUCACAUUGAUUUGAUUGAUGAUGUCGGAAUUAUUUUCCAGCCCAUACAGGUUGAGGCUGAGAUAUUUGCUCUGAAGUCAGGGAGGGUUGACGUAGAAAGCUGCGCCCCCUUCUUUUUUCGUGAUGAAUGGCGACCAGUGUCUCCCAUUGUAGCAGUACCAACAAGUGGAUUAAUGAGCUGUUUUUGGUCGAGAUACUGCUUGAUCUUUCAUUGAUGCACAGGUCGAGGGGGGCACCCUUCCCUGCGAUGUGAUUGAUUCCCCUCUUACAUGUCCUUCCGCUGAGAGCAAUGUAGCGUUGGUUUUCGCUUUUCUGGAAUGAAUCGACAACGGUGCUCGGGGUUGUCGACGAGCCCCGGUGCUGACGGCAACUUGAUACAGUAGUAGGGAUCCUGUUGGUGGGAGGGGACUGCUUGAAAACGAGUAGUGAAGAUGACUGUAACCAGUGUCUCCCGUAGCGAUGUACCAACAAGUUUGCUGAAGAACUGUUUGCGGUUGAGUGCUGCUUGGUCUACCUCCGAUGUACAGGUUUUGAGAGGGGCACCUCCCUCUGCGAUUUGGUAGACUGCCCUUUUUUAGACGUCAGUUGGGAGCUAUGUAGCGUCAGAUAUUCUUUCGUUUUCCGCUGUGAUGAGCGAUGUAGCGUCAGAUCUUUCGUUUUUUCGCUGCUACUUGGCGUUGGUGCUUGGCGCUGUAGGCGCGCCCCGGUGCUAACAGCAACUUGAUACAGGACGGAUCUCGUUGCUGGGAGGGGGCUACUUGAAGAGGAGUAGCAAAUGUCUGAUAUAUACUUGUAAACGCGGAGGUUUGCAAAUUUGGUGACUACUGUGUUGAUUUUGCGUUGACAAGUCAUUCAGUAGGAUGACCUUGGAGGCGGAGGGUUUUGAUCCGGUGGCCAGGUUUCCCUUCGUUUAUUGUUUUUGCAAUUCUAUGAGUACCCUGAAUACUUUGUUUUUUGCCAGCAUUCGUGACGAUG